AUGGCUCCCCCACACAAAGCUCUCGACGCAGUUGAUAAGGCCAAGGCCGUCUUCAAGAACAUCUUCAGCAGCGGCAGCAAGAAGAAGAAGGAGCAGGCAACACCCACCACCGCUGCUCCUGCCGAGGCGUCUUCCUCUACCGCGAAGCCCACCGAGACGACUACGGCCGCUGAGCCUGCUCCCGCCACCGCGCCCGAGACUACGCCCGCUGCAUCGAAGAGCGACGCCCCAGCUGUCGUAGCUCCAGCACCCGCCGCUGCACCUGUGCCCGCCGCUGCGCCUGUGCCUGCUGCCGAGCCUGCACCUGCUGCCGCCGAGAGCGACGACAAGAAGGCAGAGCAGGCUGCUCUCACCGAGGUGAAGAAGGCGACUCAAACUCCCGAGCCUGCCGGUGCUACUGCCCCUGCACCACCAACCGCCGCCGCCGCCCAAGAGCCCGCCGCUCCCAGCGCUACCGAGCCUAAGGCAACCGAUGCGAAGGCGACUGAUGCCCCCGCCCCAGCUGCUCAAGAACCCCUGCCGGAAGUCCCAGCUACCAAGCCUGCCCCUGGCAUGAGCGCUACUAGCGGUCCCAUGAGCGAUGAGCCAGACUUCGGCGCUCCGGAGCCUGCCGCCUCUCUGGAGCCUGCCGCCGCUGCUCCUACUGACAAGAAGGAGUGA